CCAAGGUAAGCGGAGGGUGCUCAGAUGACGUCACAUCGAUUCUUCAAAGCAAUUGCGACAAUCGGGCUUCCUGCUCAGUGAAUGUUUAUGCCAGCGUGUUGGGUGAUCCAUGCCCAGGACACACCAAACAACUCUCAGUAACAUGGAAAUGUGUGGUGCAUGGUGGAUGGAGUGCCUGGGAAAGCUGGACGGCCCGAAGUCCUUGUAGUCAUAGUUACGGUUGUUCAUGGCCCUCCAGUACUACUACUAGGAAACGGACCUGCACCAACCCGAGUCGUCAGAAUGGAGGAGACGAUUGUCCCGGCUCUGAUUCAGAAUCUGGAACUUGUAGUUCCAAUGGAUGUAGAAUCAAUGGUGGAUGGGGGUCAUGGGGAACCUGGAGCUGCGUUGGAAGUCAAUGUUCAUCUUCAUCAACAUCAACAUCCCGAUCCCGAUCAUGUAACAAUCCUUCCCCCGUUCACGACCCAGACGACUGUGCAGGAUCAAGCACGGACUCCUCUAAUUGUGGGUCUGUCGGAUGCUAUGUUGUGCGUCAUGUGA